AGGCGGCGCCGGAAGUGCGGUGAGACGUCACUUCCGCCGCGUCGCUAGGCGCCGCCAAGAUGGACGCUACGCGGGCCCGAGAGCAGCUGCGGAGGCGGCACCUGCUCCUGCCGGACGCCGAGGCCCUGCUGGACCGCGGGGACUCUGCCGGGCAGGAAACCUCAGUGAGCGUCGAGAAAAAGGAGAAACCUCUCCCACGACUUAACAUCCAUUCCGGGUUCUGGAUCUUGGCAUCCAUCGCUGUGACCUACUACGUUGACUUCUUUAAGACUGUUCAAGAAAAUUUGUAUAAGAGCAGUUGGCUCUUCUGUGGCGGGGCCCUGUUGCUGGUCAGCUUACUGAUUGCUUUCUACUGCGUGGUCUAUCUGGAGUGGUAUUGCGGCAUUGGAGAUUAUGAUGCCAAGUACCCAGCCUUGAUCCCCGUCACAACUGCAACUUUCAUUGUGGCAGGUGUUUGGCUGAAGGGCUCGUCAGCCGAACACACGCAGGCAGAGCUGCGGGGCGGACUGGAGUCUUCACACCUGUGCAGCGAGUGGCUUCCGUGGAAAGAGGUGAACUUUACGGCUCUGGGGCUGGAAUCAGAAUAAAUUCCCCUCCUUUGCGCUUCUUAAACUCAAGUGAUUGUUGACUUCUUCAGCUUCCAAAUAGAAAUAGUCAAAAACAGAAAGCACAUCUAACUCACUCUUGUUAAUCUGUUCCCAUCACUGGGGAAAGGGUACCGGUAUGAAAAUGCGAACAAAGUUUGUUUGUUUCUUUUAUCAUUUUUUCAAAAAAAGAUUUUAUUUAUUAAUGAGAAAACUAGGAGGAGAGAGAAAGAACCAGACAUCACUCAAACCAAACUCAAACCGAACUCGAGACCUCAUGGCCACCUCCCAGGCCACUGUGAACAGAGUUUCAGUAGAAGUGGAUAUGUCCCGAGUUUUAGAGAUUGUGGCUAAUUUUAUUUUAUGACUUUUUAAAUCGCUUUUAUUUUACCAGAGCUCUGCCUAGCUCUGACAGAUGGUGGUGUGUGGGUUGAACCUGGGACCUUAGAGCCUCAGGCAGGAGAGUCUUUUGCUGAAUGCCUGUGCUGUCUCCUGGGCCCUUGUUGUUUCAUGUAACCGAGGGGUAGCGGUUCCUGGUUGAGGAUCUGGGUGUGUGUGGAGAGGGCUGACGCCGCGUGCCUUUAACCCACUCCGCUGACAGCUGCGGAGGCUCAUGCUGCGGAGGCUCACUGUCUCCUCAUUCUGCUCGCCAAGAAGACCGCCUGAAAGUGAUUUAAGUUUUUUCACCACUUUAGAUCCCAUUGUGUAAAUCACUGAGCUUUUUAGCGUUUGUUUGACUCGAGCUUUCAAUGGUUUCUAACUAUGUCUGAGUUUUUUGUUUUGUUUUUUUUUACCAAUUCAAUAAAAUAUUUUUAUAACUUG